AUGAGCGCUGCGUUGCUGCCUGCAAUUCAAAUGGCCAUGGUGAACAAAUACGCAAGCUGUGGCAUGAAGUUUCCCGUGUGGCAGGGUGGCAUUCGAGUCAGCGCAGUCGAGUACGAACACACGGAAACCUUGAUUGAAGUUCCGUAUGGGCAGGUGGCAUUGAACAUCAUUACCCGGGGUCCGAAUCAAGCCAACGUGUGCGAACAACAACAGGAGAUAUGGCACCACAUCCAGACGCUGUCUCUUAGGAUCUCGCCCGGCUCCGAGCUCGAACCGGUGUUCGUGGAUGAUGACUGCCUGAGCUCGAGCCGUCAGCUGCAGGGGCUGGACAUCAAAGGAGAGCUGAAUGCUGGUUUGGCAUUCUUCGCCAGUGAUCACCUGCGUAGCCAGUGCCCACUACCACCGGCCGCUUACGCAGACGUCGGAGAGCGACCAGAUGUACGCUUACUACAUCGCUACUGCAAGGGUGCCUCGUGUGAAAAUGCAGGUACAAGUGAGGAGCGAGACAGGGCCAAACGAUACUGCUCUGCAUUGUACAAGCAUCGGCUGCUGAUUGCAAGUGACUUCCCCUUCGAUGAAUGCUUGAUUAAACUGGCACAUGUCCACGAGGUGAACACCAGUUUCCAGUUUGAAUUUUCAGAGUUUGUGAAACAAGAUGGGCCCAAAGCCGCGGCUGAUCUAUUUUGCGAAGCCAUUUACAACCUACCAGAUACAGUGGUACUGUCGUUGGCUAAAAAGGUUCUGCCUGCGCUGAACGCACCUAAGGCACGGGAUCUUCACUAUGUCUUCCUUCACUGCCUUGGUCAUGCCAAAUGUGACGAGGAACACCACACGCCUCCUUCUGAAGUGAACAAAAUGCCAUCCCGUUCGAACAACUCCACCAUCGGCAGUCCGUUCGACACCAAACUGUUCUGUGUUGACCUUCAGCCCUGGAUACUGGGCGUGGAGACCACUCACUUCAGAGAGACCGCGCAGCGUGCAGGUCUCCUGACGACAACUGAAGUUGAUGACCUCUGCUGGAUGGAGGGCAACCGACCACCGUCGCAGCACAAUCAGGAGCUGCUCCGAAUUCUCAAACUGGAAUGGCGCAGAGGAUACGUAGCCCUGUGCGCACUUGUUAGGGAUAUGGGAAAGUUCGAUGAGAAGCUGCAGCUGAUGAACAGCCUACUGGAACCUGGAGAGCGGGUGUGAAUCAAGAAAGAUACCAUCAUGUAAUUCAUUCUGGAUUGCAUGCGUACUUUGGCAAGACUGUGUGCGUAAAACAAGCUUGGAGAAAGAGGAUGAGAGAGGAAGAAAACGGCCAGGCACGCAGAGUGAACAAUAAGGAGGAGAUGGAGUGACGGAGUGAGAGAAAAAACUAUCAUGCAAAUUGUUUGAUUGCACGCUCUCGUAAUCUCAUGGCCCUAAGAGACAGAUUUCUUGGACUCAGCACAGUGUAAUAAGCCCUGCAGAGAAUGCCGACCUUCGCGUGGCUCUAGUCGACUGACUCCAAAAUAUCUGCUGGGUGCUUCAUGUGCCUACAUUGAACAUUGCGGGUGCUUUAUGCAACAAGUCGAACGCAGAUGUGCUGACUGCUACUGCGAACGGCAUGACAUUGCAUAUCGAUCUACAUACCGAUACACAUAGAAAUUCUGAUUAGGAUGAAAGUGUGCUGCUGCUGCCAAUGCCAGAUCAGUGAUUCCUUUAAUCCUACCGUACGUAAUUGAGAGAAAUUGUAGCCAUCGCCAUGGUCAUAUACUUCAAAGUAGAUCGUAUUUUCCCAUUCUGCACCCACUUGCACCCAGCCCUGCUAAUGCGAGUGGCAGUUCUGUUGAUCUUCCUAUACAUUGUACAAGUAGUUAGUCAGGAUGAGAGUGAUCUGCAAUGGCAGUGAUAGUCCUUCUCCAUGUAAUCGAGACACUUUUGUAGCAUCCGGCUUGGUCGCCUGAACUGUGUGUUCUGUCAAUCAUCUCUUUUGAGUUCUAUGGGUUUUGGCUUACAAUAUUUUCGAUAUUCAUUAUUUUCUUGGUUGGCUAGCAGAUGUUCUAUUUUGUAUCCGCAGGGGAGGUGGAUGAAGUAUUUCAAAGUUUUCAUUUUGUCCAUUUUGAGCCGAUUGAGUGUGAAUCCAAUUGCUACAUUUCUGUUUC